GUUUGCUGUUUUUCGGCAUUUUAUCAAAGUUUAGACCCAAAUCUUGGGAGGAAGACGAGUUUCAAUUUUUUAUUGAUAAAUUUAAUAAAAGUUAUGUGAAUGAGACGGAAUACCAACAGAGAUUUCUAGCAUUCAAGAAAUCCCUGGAAAUGAUUGAGAUAAUGAAUAAAAACCGUACGUAUCAAACCAGCGCACUGUACGGCAUUACCGCAUUCUCGGACAUGUUACAAAGUGAGUUCGAGGAUUUACGCUUACAGAAGAAUUACGCCGAAAGAAUGGCGUUGAGACAAGCCAACAACGCGGGAAGCAACGAAAAGCUACACAGAUUUCGCCGCGACUUUACCGACGCUAAUCUACCCCGCAAGAUAGAUUGGCGCACUCAAGGGGCGCUCACCCCGGUGAACAAUCAGCACGAGUGCGGCGCUUGCUGGGCGUUCAGCGCGAUCGAGACGAUUGAAGCAGCGCACUGGCUGCGCACCGGAGAGCUGCGACCGCUGAGCACGCAGCAGAUGAUCGAUUGCGCACGCAACGGCAACAACGGCUGCAGGGGCGGCGAUAUAUGCACCCUCUUCGAGUGGCUAGUUGAUAACGACGUCGCCAUCCGUCCGGCCGAUGAUUAUCCACUGCAUUUGAGGGAUGAGCAAUGCAAAAAAUUGACAAGCGUUGGAAACGCUACGACUGCAUCUGAAAGCAAAACGGACGUGAGGGUUACGAAUUUCGUCUGCAUGGAUAUGAUUGGGAAAGAGGACGAUCUGUUGGCGGGUCUAGGCCGCAUGGGUCCGGUGGCGGUGGCCGUGAACGCCAUCAGCUGGCAGAAUUACUUGGGAGGUGUGAUACAGCAUCACUGCGGGUCGCAUCCGGCCCUCAUGAAUCAUGCCGUCCAGAUCGUCGGCUAUGAUCUGGAAGCGGAAAUUCCGCACUACUUAGUACGGAAUUCAUGGGGCGAGGAGUUUGGCCAUCAGGGGUAUUUGAAGAUCGCCAUUGGGGGCAACCUUUGUGGGAUUGUCAACGAAGUGGCUGCCGUUGAAGUCACCUGAAAGUCCACAAGUUUCUACAAGGAAGUUGGUUUUGAGUAGGGUAAUAAAUAAAUAAUUUCAAGCAAACAGAAUGCUUUAUUAGAUACACCACUGCAAUAAAUACACGCUUGUAACAAACUGAUAUGACUUAAUCAUCAAAUAUUGUACUCAAUUAGACAGUUUUCGUUAAACACUAAGUUAAUAAUAGUUGUAUAAAUUAAUAUCCAAAUGCAAAAACGCAAACGCGCUGGUCGCGCUCGGUCUCCGAGAUUGCGGGGAGUUGGGAGCGGGUGGUCGCGGUGUUGUUGCGAUGGGGGUGGUAAGAGGGUCGCAAACAUCGUCCGGCCUCGCCUCGCCGUCGCUCAACGCAAUAACAAAUCCAAACAACUUUUGGUCACUUACAUAUAAGUAAUAAUAGCAAUAAUAAAUGCCGCCGACGGGCGCAAACGUUUCCACAA